AUGUGUGGGAACAUAACAGUUGUUGUGGUCCUUGUCCGCAACAUCAAGAAGAAAAACUUCACCGUGCAACUGAUGCUGAACCUGGCGGCCUCGGACAUCCUGUGCUUGGCCAUGCUGCCUGUGUGGAUGUGCAACCUUCUCUUGGGCUGGACUAUGGGCCUCCAUUUGUGCAGUGUCUUCAUCUUCAUCACCCACGUCGCCGUUCACGCCAGUGUGUUUAUCGUGACCCUGAUGAGCGUGCAGAGGUACGUGGUGGUCCUGUACCGUCCGCUGUGGUCCAGACUCGGGAGACGAGGAGAGCGUGCUGUGUUGGUGUUCGUGUGGGUGCUGUCUGGUGCCCUUGCCUUCUCUCCUGGGGCGACUUACGGCAUCGCCGUCGAUCGAACGAAAUGCGAGCAGGUCUUCAGAACCGAGGUGCAGAACCGAGCUCAGGGGUCGCAUCAGAGGUCGGCAACUUUAGUGACCAGCAUCGUGGUGACUUUCUUCGUCUUCUGGAUACCGCAUCACAUCAUAAACGCGAUGGUCAUGGUUGCGCCCUCGGAGCCGGUCCAGUCGGCUGCCCACAGGGCUCCCCGACAAGUGGCCAUGGGCAUCGUGUUCCUCAACAGCUGUGUCAAUCCCCUGCUGUACGCCUUUAACUAUCGCAGCCUUCGGGCUGAAAGCGCAGGGACUGACAGCAACACCACAUAG